AUGGAGGACCUUGAAUCAAAAGCUAUAGAAAAUAUUCAUGAGAAUUUAAAGAAAUGUAUAGGUAGGAAAAUACCCAAAAAUACAAAUGAAAAUGAAGAAGAAAGCUCAAAAGAUAUGCUCUUUAUAUACAAUUCCUUAAAAGAAUAUAUAGAACAAUUAAAACAUACGAACAAUUUUAUACAACAAGAAAAUGAUUAUUUGAGAAAAAAAAAUGAAGAGUUAUUAAAAGAAUUCAAUGAAAAAAAUUUAAUAAAUAGAAAUUCUAAUAAAAGUCAAAAAUAUGGUACAUAUAUUAAUGAAAUCAAUCAAUUAAAUAAUGAAAAUGAAUUUAUUAAAUAUAAGUUUCAAAAUAUGUUAAGAAAAAACAUUUCUUUAGAAAGAUCAAAUGUUGAAUUAAAUAAUCAGCUACUAAAUAAAGACAACAUAAGUCAAUAUUUGAAAUCUCAAAGUGCAAUACAUAAUAAUAAAUAUAUUAAAGAUAUAAGAAAAAGACAAAUGAAAUCGAACAAUUCUUUGGAGAAUAUAAAAGGAUAUAAUAACGCUAUAAAAAUGGAUACUAAUACUACUACUAAUGAUAAUAUUAAUAAUAAUAAUAAUAUUAAUAAUAAUAAUAUUAAUAAUAAUAAUAUUAAUAAUAAUAAUAAUAUUAUUAAUAAUAAUAUUAAUAAUAAUAGUACAGAUGAAAAUAUAAGAGAUAGCAUAAAAUUAAGUGAAAAUAUAGAGGGUAUUAAUAACAAAAUAACAUAUGAAAAUAUACAUACUUAUGAAAAUAAUAAUGAAUGUCAAAAUAUACAUAUAAAACAUAACAAUGUUACAAAUAUACAAUCAUUCAAUUUUAAUGAAAAAAUUAAAAGUAUUUGCACAUGCUCUAUGUUAUUACAUGAUAUACUAAAUAUCUUAAAUCAAAAUAUAAAAUAUGAUGAACCAGGUAUAUUUCAAAAAUCACUAAAAAACAUAAAAAUAGAAAAAGAUGAAUUAAUUAUGCAAAAUGAAUUAUUAAAAGAAAAGAUAUUACAAAUAGAAACUUUUAUUUUAAGGGAUCCAUUUUUAGUUGAAAAAUUAUGUCCUACUCAUGAAAAUAUAAAUAGCAAUUUUUUACUAAAAGACAAAAAUAAAUUAUAUCAAAAUAAUAAAAACAUUUCACUUUAUCGUAAUUUAUGUUAUUUAGAAAAUAAAAACUUUAAUUUAAGAAAAGAAUUAUUUCAUUAUAAACAAAAAAUAUUAUUUUAUAAAACCUAUGUAAAUGACAUGAGGGAUAAAUUAAAACAUAACAUAAUUCAAUUAUAUAAUCAAUAUCACCAAAACAAAAAUGAAAAUAAUGAAAUUAUGACUUCGGUAGAUGAAACGUUUAAUUCGAACAAUCAACAAGUUAAUACAUAUAAUCAAUACAAUAAUAAACAUAUUUCUUAUUCAAAAAAAAAUAUAUGUGAUAAUAAUACAAAGAAUAAUUCCUUAAACCCAAAUUUUCAUUUUAUCAAAAAUCAGACAUCAUUCUUUGGGUUGAACAAUUCAGAUUUUAAUAAUAUAUUAAAAAAGAAUAAUUCAAAAAUUGAUCAUAAUGAAAAAAUUAUUAUGCAAACAUCGACCAAACUUAAUGAAUUAAAUGUGGAAAAAAAAAAUAUAGAAGAAGUUAAGGAUAAGUAUUUGGAUCCACUAGAAAAAGACAUCCCUUUGGUAGAUUUAAAUAUCCAUAAUAAAAAUGACAUGUAUUAUUUCGAAAUAAAAGAUUUAAUACAUAAAAGAAAGAUCGAACUUGAUAAAAAAUUAAAAGGAGAUAUAAAUGUAAAUAUUAAUACAUCACAUCAUAAUAUUAAUUCUGGUUGUAAUUAUGUAAAAGAGAGAGAGGAGGAUAAUUCAAAAAAUAAUUCAACCUUAUCUGGAGUUAUAAAAAAUAAUAUUUUAGAAAAUACAGACAAUUUAACAUAUAUAAAUAAGAGUAAUAAUUCUAAGUCAGAACAUAUUAAUAAUUACAAUUAUUAUAUUAAUAAAAAUAUUAUGUAUACUUAUAUAAAAUAUAAAUAUAUGUAUGAUUUUUAUGUUCAGAAUAAAAAUAUUCUUAAGAAAGAAAUGAACAAGGAAGAAUUUAAUGAAUUUGUUAAAAAAUAUUUCCUAUUAUAUAAAAAAAAUAAUAAAACAAAUCAACAUUUUAAUAAUACGUCUAAUGAUAUAUUGAAACAUUAUAAUCAACCAAUUCCUUGUGUAAAUAGAAGAAAUGAACAUUCAAAAAAUUUAGAUGAAGACAAAAAUAUAAACCAAAAGGAAACAAACGAUGAGGACACAAAGCAUGAUAAUAUAAAUAUGAAUGUUGAAGACUAUCAUGAUAUAACCUUAGGAGAUUCUCAUCAAAAUUUUAUUUAUAAUAUUGAAGAGGAAAAGAUAAAACAGGAUACACCACAGGAGACAUGUAAAAAGGAAGAUAAUAUAAAUGAUUAUUUUAAUGAAACAAAAAAUAAAUAUCAAGAUAAUAUAAAAUGUACAAGUUUAAAAGAAAAUGGAAAGGAUGUGCAUAAAAUACAAGAAAAUAUGAUGAAUAAAAAAAAACGUAAACAAAAGGAAAAAAAAAAGAUAAAAGAGAAAGAAAAGGAGAAAGAAAAGGAGAAAGAAAGAGAAAAAGAAAAGGAGAAAGAAAAAGAAAAAGAAAAGGAGAAAGAAAAAGAGAAAGAGAAAGAAAAAGAAAAAGAAAAAGAAAUAUAUAUAAACAAAAAAAUAUACAAUUCAUUUGAUAUAACGAAGGAUACAUACAAGAAUACCGAAAAUUCCAAAAAAAAUGAUGAAGAAAAUAUAAGUAAAACUAAAAAUGAAUAUGAACAAUACAAUAAUAAUGAAAAUAAUAAAAAUAACGAAGAAAGGAAUCAUAAUAAAAAACACGAUAAUUUUGAAAGAUUUUAUGGAGUUGAGGAAUAUCCAAGAAGACAUGAUUCGUCUUUAGAAGUAUUAAAAAAAAAUAUUAAAGAUCUUUUAAAAAAGAAAAACAAAGAUGAAAAAUAUGCAUUUCAAGAUGACAAAAAAGAUAUAAAUGUAUCGGAGGGUAAAAAGGAUGGCAAUAUGCAAGAACAAAAGGUACUUUCAAAUAAAAAUAAAUAUAAUAAUAAUAAUAAUAAUAAUAAAAUAGAAGAUAACAAAGAAAAAGUUGAUGAUAAAUUAUUAAAAGAAGAAAAUAAUAUAAAACAAAACUCUAAUAUCAACAAAAAUGCUUUUGAAAAUGAACAAGUCAAAGAUUCUUUUAAUAUUAUAGAAAAUGUGAGGAAAUAUGAAGAAUAUAUAGAUGAUAAUAAUGAUAGAAUUAAUACACACACGUUAGAUGAAAAAAAUGUAGUUUCGAUUGAAGAGGAUAAUAAUGGAAAGCAAAUAAUGAAACAGGAAUCUAGGGAAUUGAAUGAUAAUGAAAAAAGAGAAGAUAAUAAAGUGAAUAAGAAUCUUAUAAAUAACGAUAAUAUAAAUAAUUAUUCUAUUGAGGAGAAUAAAACAAAUCAUAAUGAUCAUAAUGAUGAUAAUUGCAUUAAUUCAUUUAAAAGUUAUAUACAUAAUUAUAAUAGUAAAAAUGAAAAAAUAUCCACUGACAAAUCAAUUAUUAUAAAUAAUAACGAUGAAGAAAAAUAUAUAGAAGAUAAAAUAAAUUUUCGAAAUACGAAUUUUUUUAUGAAAUCAGGAAGCGAAUAUUCUGAACAAGAUUUUUUCAAUAAUAACAAAUAUUCUAAAGUGAAUAUUGAAACAUUUAAAGAAAUUAUUUAUUAUUAUGAUAUUAAUGUAUACCAAUUUUAUAUGAAUUUAAUUUUAUAUAGUAAAAUUGAUUUAAUAAAAAUGUAUAAGAAUAAGAUUUUUAGCGUACAAAUAAACUCGGCUGAUAUAUUACAAUAUGCUUUAAAUACUUACAUGAAUUGUAAUAAUAAUAAUUCUGUUAUAGAAGAGGAAUUUAUUAAUAAAAAAAAGAAUGCGAAUAUAAAAAAAUUAAAUGAAAAAGAAUAUAAAACAGUUAUUGAAUAUAUAUGUAAUAAUAGUAAUAAUACAUGUCUCAAAACAAUAUAUCAUAAAAUUAAUUUUAUAACAAGUGAAAGUUAUGAAGAAUUUAAAAAUCGUUUCGUUGAGUGUGGUGGGGUUGUUAAUUUAAUUAAUUUAUUUUAUGAUGAAGAUUUAAAUAAUUUUGAUAAAAUAUUUGAAGUAUCCUUUGUAAAUUUUUGUGAUAUUAUAGGUAUAUCAAGAGAUUCAUGUUCUUAUCAUUUUAAUUGUAUGGAUAAAAAAUUUAAAGCAAAAGGAUAUAUUUUUUUAAGAAAUAUACUACGUUAUUUAAAUGUAGAAGAAGAAAUGAAAGAAGAGUAUCAUAAAUAUAACUUUAUAUCUAUGCAUCUAAAAAAUUUAAUGUAUAUAUAUAUUACAGAAAAUUUUCACAAUUUAAAUGAAUUUUUUAAUGCCGUCAUAAAACAAAAUAAGUUAUAUAUAAGUCUGAAUGAAUUUAUAUAUUUCUUUUCUGCAAAUGAAAAAAUGACAAAGUAUAAUUUUGCACAAGAAGAUGUGGUAAAUUUAUAUUAUUCUAUAAUCUUCUAUGUAUAUUAUACAAAUAAAAAUAAAAUUUUACAAACAGUAAAUUAUUUUCAUAAAGGAAAAAAUUACGAAGGUGCAUACAUAAAAAAUAAGUCACAUAAUAAUGAUGAAUAUGUAGGUGGACAAAAAGACAAUGGUAUUAUUAAUUUGUAUAUGAAAAAUCAGAAUAAUAAGAAUAAUAAUAAAAGCAUCAAUGAUAAUAACAUUCAUGAUAAUAAAAGCAUCAAUAAUAAUAACAUUCAUGAUAAUAAAAGCAUCAAUAAUAAUAACAUUCAUGAUAAUAAAAGCAUCAACAAUAAUAAUAUUCAUGAUAAUAAAAGCAUCAGUAAUAAUAAUAUUCAUGAUAAUAACAUAUCCAUUAUGCAAGAUGAUGAAUAUUGUUUUGUAGAGUAUGAUUUGUCGUUAUGCAAAGAAUUUUUCACAUUAGAAGAUUUCGAUUUUGCUAUUGAAGUAAAAGACUUAUACUUUUAUUUUGAAGGUUCGGAAUGUCCCCUUUCUAAAAUUAAAAGAAGAAUAAUAGAAAUAUAUGGGUCUGUAAAAAAAGGGAUAUUUAUUAAUGAUCAAGUAUGUAAUAGUUCUGAUGAUUCCAUAAAUUCAGACAGUGAUAUUAAUGAAAAAGAUAUAGAAGAAAAUACUUAUGAAAUAUUUAAAAAAAACAAAUAUAAACAUAUUGACAAAAUUACUUUAUAUGAAAAAAAAAUUAAAAAUACAUUAGAAAAUGAUAACUCUAAUGAUAUCAAAAUCAAUAAAAUUAGUAAGAAAACCUUUAUGUGCUUAAUGUAUAAUAUAGGUAUACAAAUAGAUUACUGUCUAACUUUAUGGGGAAAUUUCGAACCUUUUUUAGAAGAUCAUUUAUUAGAUUAUAAAAUGUUCUCUGCUUUUUUAAAUGGAAAAAUAAAAUGUUCUAAUCAUGAAAAUGAAGAAAAUAUUCAAAAUAUUAAAAACAAAAUAAAUGAUAUUGAAGAAGAUAAAGAAAUAUCACAUAGACCUAAUCAUAAUAAUAGAUUAAAAGGUACGAUAUGUUCUAAUCUUUUUAUGAAUAUAGAAGAAAUGAACAAUGGGGAUUUAUUAACUGCUGAUGAAAUAGAAGUUACCUGUCAAAUUUUAAAUAACAUAUCGCCUUUCUAUUACUUAGAUAAAAAUGAAAGAAAAAUGUUUAUUAAACAAUUAAAGAAAAAAUGUUAUAAAAAAAAUUAUGAUUUAAACUUAUUAAAAGAUCAUGAUAAUACAAAUAAAAAUAAACAAAAUACAUCAAAUGAUAAAAAUGAUUAUUUUAAAAAUGAAAUAAUUAUUCUAAUUAAUGGUAUAUUAAGAAAUAAUAAAGAUGGGAAAUGUUUUAUUAACAGUGUUAAUGUUAUAUAUAAAUAUGAUAUAUAUAAUUACAUUGCCCAUACCAAUAUAGCUAUAAUAAAUAUUGAUAAUUCUAUAUAUACACCCGAAUUUAUGAAUUUAAUAGAUAAAAAAAGAAAUAUUUCAGAAGAAUUUAUGAGUAUUGUUAACAAAAUACCUAUAUUAAAAAAUUUCCCUAACAUGAAAAAAAUUAGUCUAUCUAUGAAUGUCAAAAAAUGUAUGUUUGAAAAAAACAAAAUAGUUAUAAGAAAGCAUGAUGAUCCGCUACAAUUUUUUAUAUUAAAAGAAGGUAAAAUAAAUAUUUUUUAUCAUACAUCUAAAACAAAAAAUAAUCCUAUUAAUACCAUAAAUGAAUAUCAAUUCUUUGGUGAAGUAUCUUUAAUAUUUAAUACUUUAAGAACUUGUGAUGCUAUAGUAGAAUCAAAUACAGCUUGUUGCUAUUAUUUUUCAAAAGAAUAUUUCCUAUCUCUCUUAAAUAAAGAUAUAGUUACAGAAUUUGUUGAGUAUAUACGUAAAACAUAUAGAAAGGGUAUAGAGAGCAUUAUAUCAAAUUAUGUAAAUAAUAAUGAACACAUCGAACAAAUCAACAAAUAUAGAAAAGUACAAAAUUCAAAGAAAAAUAAAAUAAACAAAAAUAAUAAUAAUAAUAAUAAUGAUGAUGAUGAUGAUGGUAACAAUACUAUUACUUGUGAUGAAGAUCAAACAGAUGAAUUCCAAAAUUUGUCAUCUGAGGAAAAAAAGAAAAGUUCUAUUAUAUAUCAUAAAGAAAAUAAAAAUGAACAAGAUGUAAAAAAAUGUAGUUCUUCUCCCUUAUCCAUAACAAACAGUUUUAAUAAUAUCAAAAAAAAAAACAAAAAUUAUAUAUCUAAUUCUUUUAAUAAAAAAAAUUAUUAUACUAACGACUUUUCAAAUAAAACUUUAAAUAAUAAAUUGUCUAAUAUAUCCAAUAAUUUAUCAACGGAUUAUAUAUCUCUAGACAUUGAAUACAUUGAUAAAAAUAAUAUACAAUCUUUUUAUAGUGAUUUAGACAAAUUAUUAUUAAAUAUUUUUAAUGCUGAACAAAAAUAUUUCACGGAAGAAAUUGAAACCAACUUAAGGAAAAUCAAAUCUUUCAAAAAGAUAUUAAAACAAAUGAAAGACAAGGAAACAUUUUUAAAAAAUAUCAAAUAUGAAAAAUGUCCUAAGGGGAAAUAUAUAAUAUUAGAAGGAGAUUAUUGUGAAUAUUUUUAUUUUAUAAAACAAGGACAAAUUUCUAUACAAAAAUUUAAUCAACAUAAAAAUAUGUAUGAUGAAUUUGUUACAUAUAAUGUAAAUCAGUAUUUUGGACAUCAGCUAAUAUUAAAAAAUAUUAAAGCUUUUUUCAUUGCAGUGGCAAUAACGGAUACUGAACUAUAUACAUUAGAAGCAUCUCUUUUUGUAGAAUUUCUUUCUCCUUUUAUUGAUAUUCUUAAUAUAAUUAAUGAUAUAAAUCAGAUAGAUGUAUUAAGUGAAAAUGUAAAAAAUGAUUUCCAAAAAAAGAAACAAGAUAAAAAUUAUAUAUUAAAAGUAUUAAAAUUUUUAAAAAAAGUUAAUAUUAUACAAAAAUUAGAUAAUGAUACACUUUAUAAUGCUUCUAAAAAUUUUACACUUCAAUUUUUUAAAAAAGGUCAAGCAAUUAUAAAAUAUCAAGACAAGCCAGAUUUUUUUUAUAUUAUUAAGAAAGGGAUUGUUACCGUAAAGAUAGAUUUUAAAGAAGAUACAAAUGAAUGUGGGACAAAUCAAAAAGGUGUAGAGGAAAAAAUAAAUUCAGAAGAAAAUAUUUUAAAAGAUAAAAGAAACAAAACGAAAUCAUUCUAUUUAUAUAAAUAUGAUUACUUUGGAGAAUUAUCUAUCAUCAAUGAACAAUUAAGAACAACUAGAUGUGAAGCUCAUACAAAUUGCUUCUUACUAGCAAUUGACAAAAUUUCUUUUAUUAAAAAUUUUUCUAUUUUAUUUAAUGAUUUAUUACAAGAAGCUGAUAUAAAAUAUACUAGAAGCUAUUCACUACCACCCUGGUUAAAAUCUAUGUAUGGAAAUAAUUUUAAUACAAAUAUGAAUUCCCUAUCUAUAAAAAUACCUGACUCGGCAAGCUCAUUCAGUAGCAUUUCUGAAGAUAGUAGCGAUGUUUUUAGUUUUGAAAAGGAGAUAAAUGAGAAACUAAAAGAAGAAAAAAACAAAAAGGAAAAAAACAAAAAUAAAAAUAAAAACAAAAACCAAAACCAAAACCAAAACCAAAAUCGAUAUGAUUAUCAAACAAGGAAUGAUGAACACAAAGAUAUAACAGGGAGAAAUAUUAAACAUAUAAACGAACAAAAGGAAAAAAGUUCUAAUGAUAUCCAAAUUUAUGAUACAAACAAUUUUAAUAAUUCAAAAAGUAUUUUUAGUGAAUAUAGUAUGUACAGUAUAGAUAAUGAAAAAGAAAUGAAAAAAAUUAAGGAGGAAAAGGAGCAAAAAAUUAAUGAAAUUAAGAUGAAGGAAUUGAAAGUUAUUGAAAAGAUAAAAUUGAAAGAAGAGAAAAAGAUAAAAUCAAUUAUGAAAAGGAAGGUAGACGAGAUUAAUAUGAAGAGUAAUAGUAAUAUUAUUAAUUCUGAAGAGGCGUAUGAUAAUCAAGGUGAUACAAAAAAUGAUGUUAUCAAGGAUAAGCCGGAUACAGCAACAAAUACAUUUGCUACUACUACAUAUAAUAAUAAUAAUAAUAAUAAUAGUAAUUAUAGUAAUAAUAGUAAUAAUAGUUAUAUUAUUUCAAGUUAUCCGAACCAGGCGGAAAAAAUUGAAGUAGAAAAAAAGAAAAAAAAAAAUUCUCAUGAAGAAUGGUUAAAUAAAAAUAAUCAUAAUGUGACAAAAGAAAAUAAAGAAGUUGAUAUAUAUAAAGAUAACAAUAAAGAUUCAAAUAGUAAUAUAAUAAAAAGUGAAUACAUAAAUACAGACAAUGAAGAAAACGUAGAAAAUAAAAAAGAAGAAAAUGAUAAAUAUGUUAUUGAUUUUCCUAAGAAAUCUUCAAGCAUCUUAAAAAAAAAAAUUAGUAACUCUAAUUCAUCUGAACUUGAUAUAAACAAACUGUUGGAAACAUUAAUUAUGUUCAUUAAUUCUGAAUAUAAUUCUAUAUAUCAUUUUUAUAAAGGUAUAGAUAAAUUUAACACUGGAUAUGUAAAAUAUAAUGAUUUCUUAGAUUACAUGAUUUCUUUAAAUAUAGAAGAUUUAUUUGGAUCUCUAGAAAAUUUAGAAAGUGUGUUUAAACAUUUAUGUAAUGAAAAGAAUAUAUUGACAUUAAUCGAUUUAUAUAAAAAUAUUUAUAAGGAUGAAGAAAUAGAUAAAUAUGAAUUAAAUUUAAGAUUAACAGAAGUUUACGGUAGUAGUAUCUUAGCUUUUAAAAAUAUCGUAUUUUUAAAUGUUGAAGAUGCUUUAUGUAAUUAUAUUAACUUUGAAAUUGUAUGUGAGAAAGUUGGAUUAAGUAAUGCAAAUAUAAAAACUAUAUGGGAUGAAAUUAAUAUAAUGAAUGAAGAAUAUAUUCCUUUGGAAAUUGUUCUUAGUAUAAUGAAUGGUGAAUUAUUUAUUGAAGAAGCAUAUAAUGCAUAUAAUUUAAAGAAAUCUCUUUUAAAUCAAGUGGUUAAUUUUUUUCAAGGAAACGAGAAUCUUACUAAAAUGAAUACUGAUAUGAUGGAAACAAAUUUUGAAGUAAUAUAUGAAGAACCUAUAAUACUAAAUAAAGGUCAUCAUAAAAUAUUUACAAAUGAAUGUACACAUAUAGUUAAAUUAUUAGAAAGUAAUGUAUAUUUUAAAUUUCUAACACUAGAACAAAGAUCUUUUUUCACUACAUUAAUGGAUAGAAAAAUUAUGAAAUAUGGUGAUGUUCUAAUUAAACAAAAUGAUGAUGAAGCACCAAUUAUAUGUAUUUAUGAUGGUAAAGCCAAUUUAAUAACAUAUAAUUUAUUUGGUAUAGAAGCUCCAAUAGGGUCUGUUCAAAAUAAUGAAGUAUAUGGAUGUGAUCAAGCUAUUAAUGAAAUUCCAUCAAAUUAUGAAGUAAAAAUAAGUUCAGAUAUGGCAACUGUAUGGAUAUUAGAACGAACUGUAUAUAAAGAAAAUAUAAAACCUAUGUUAGAAGAAAGACAAAAAAAUUGUACUCAUAUUUUACCAGUUCUUAAAAAUGUUCCUAUAUUAAGAUAUCUAUCUGAAGAAGAACUUGUUCAAAUAUCAUAUGCAAUGAAAUUAGAAUUGUACAAUCCUAAUCAUACUAUUAUAAAAGCAAAUACAUACGAUGAUAAAUUUUAUAUUAUAUGUAAAGGAUUAGUUACUGUUGAAAAAAAUACAGAAAGUAAUAAAGAUAAAAUAGUUUUAUCUAAUUUAAAAAAAGCUGAUUAUUUUGGUGAAUUGGCUCUUAUCAAAAAUAUUAAAAGAACAGCUAAUGUUAUCUUAGAUACAGAAGCUAUUUUAUUGUCUCUUAGUGAUUCAGAAUUUAAGAGACUUCUUCAUUUACAUUUUGAUAAAUUUCUAAAUAGAGCCAAAGCAAAUUAUAAAAGAGUACAAAUGAAAAAAAAAACAAGCAUACAUUCUGAAAUGGUUAAUCUUAACAGUAACACCAAUAUUCAUUCACUUGGCUCAUAUAGAUCAAAAAAUAAAAUAGUUACCAUACAGGAUAAUGAUGAUGACAAUAAACAUAAAUAUGAUAAUACUAUGCCCAAGUUACCUAAGGGUAACAUAAGUUUCUCUCCUGAAGAAAAAGACCAUAAUAAUGAAAAGGAUGAUGGACCAAAAGUACACCAAGAUAGUAAUAAGAAAAAAAAAGAUAAAGAAAAAUAUAGAAAAAAUAAGGAUAAUGAUAAGGAAAAAGAUAAAAAUAAAAAAAAGAAUAAAAAAAUUAAAAAUAAAAAGAAAGAGAAAGAGAAAACAUGA